CGAAAAUAUGUCCGACGAUCGGUGUCGUUUCUAGUAUUCGGCUGUAAGUUUCCGUUGUCGCUAUCUACAAACCUGUUCGACGCCACUGGAUAGCCAAUCACCGACAAGAUGAUGCUGAUCAAAAGCUUCUUCCGGAGGAUCAUCAAGGACUUCCGGCACAAGGAGCUGCUACCCCUGAAAAUGAUAUUUUUCGUUCAGGCGUCCACUCUCUAUGUACUUUAUCCAUACCUGACGAUACAUAUGAGGGAGCUAGGCAUAAACGUGGAGGAAACCGCCAUCAUGAGCGCUAUUACGCCGGUGAUCGCGAUGGUGAUGCCACCCUUGGCAGGGAUGGUCGCUGAUCGCGUGGGCAACUUCAAGAUUUUGUUGACCUUGUUCUCGUCGUUUGGCGGACUCGCUGCGCUUCUGUUGCUGCUCGUGCCCAUUGGUAGGAUAACCGUGGAAUAUCCGAACAGGGUUAUCAUGGACCUCGGUUGCACAGGGAACAAUGGACUGAUUUACACGAUGAAUCAGAAACACCCAUGUGAAGUGAAUUUGCAAGAGACAGUUUCUACGAGGCUCGAGAGUUGCGGGUACGUGUGUCGCAUGGAUGUUCAUAACGACACAGACAUCGAGGCUAUUUUGUCGUCGAGAAUAUACACGCUUAAACGGCACAAUUUGGUAACCGGUACGAAUUCCUCGGUCAAAUUUUCGAUUGCCCAAGACGACGUACCAGAAGUGAGAGACGAGGACUUAAGAGAGCAUCGAAAGUUAACCAACGACGAGCACUACAAGACGUCAAUUCGUCAGAUCUCGAGGAACGAGUACUUCUUCCCGACAAAUCAAUUCUACGAGUUCGCGUGCACGGUGUCAGGAUUCAUCGAGGAUUUUGAGACAUCAACCUUGAACACCGCCAUGUCGAAUAGGGUCUACGAGAACCGAACUCUUUGCACUUUUAAUCCGAUUCUAACGAUCAAGGAUAACGCGAGCUAUACGGUAAACUAUCAUUCCUACAAAUCGAAACUGAAGAGUCUCGAGGUGACGGACGAGGAUCGCGCGCUGAAUCGUCAGCGAUACGUAUCGGAGCAGAUCGCGUGGGCCGGAGACACAUUUCAGAGAAUCACCUGCGGUAAUCCGGACACAGAGAACGAGAGACUGGUCCUGAAUCUGCCGUUGGUUAAUUACUCGAUGAAUCCGGUGGCUUACAAGCUCCUGAACAGUGAAGAGUGCAGCAAACGGUGCAUCGUGACUGCGCCACGGGAGCAAAUGUGCUCUAACAUGGAUAUGAUAAUGGAGUACAAUGUGGGACUGACUUUCUGGCUCUACUUCGCUAUUAGAGUGUUUAUUGGCGUUAUCGGCGGAACCACGUUCGCUAUGUUUGAGGGCGCGGUGAUUGCGAUAUUGCGGGAACAGAAGGCCGAUUACGGGCUCCAGAGGAUUUACGGGAGCAUCGGCGGAAUGAUAUCCUCGCCGCUUUCGGGCCUUUUGAUCGAUUAUGCGAGUACAGGCAAAAGUUACACAGACUUCAGGCCCGCGUUCUAUCUAUACGCAGCGUUGAAACUCAUGUCAGGUGUACUGAUGCUCGCCAUCAAUCUCGAAUUUAAAUCACCAGCGAGCAACGUGGUCCGGGACGUUUUCACCGUUUUAAGGAACAUCGAGGUUGCAGCCCUAUUCAUCGCCUGCUUCAUUCUAGGAACUGCUUGGGGCUACAUUGAGUCGUUCCUCUUCUGGCUGAUCCAGGACUUAGGCGGAUCAAGAUCACUUAUGGGUAUCACCAUAACCGUAGGCGGUAUAGCCGGUAUACCAUUACUGGUACUAUCUGGUCCAAUCAUAUCGAAGAUCGGCCACGCCAAUGUACUUUUCAUAGGCUUCGUUUUUUACGCCAUAAGACUCUGCGGUUAUUCGAUAAUAUACAAUCCAUGGCACACUCUUAUCUUCGAGGUGCUAGAAUCGGUGACUUUAUCUUUGAGCUUCACCGCCGCUGUCACUUACGCGGCGAAAUUAUCAACGACAACCACCGACUCUUCGAUACAAGGACUAUUAGGUGGAGUUUAUUACGGUGUAGGCAAAGGUUCUGGUAGUCUGAUCGGCGGCUACUUGAUGAAGGCGUUUGGAACGCGUCCAACCUAUCGAAUUUUCGCUGGCAUGACCCUGGUCACAGGUGUGAUGUACUACAUCUUCAACGUGACGUACCUGAAGAAGCGUCCUCAGGUCGAGGGGAACGACAUCGUGAAGAAGAAACCGAAAACGAUGGACAAGCAAAAUGGCGUCGAGACCGGGACCAUCGAGUUCCCGUUGGAAGAGAAGAGGCCCCGUGAAAAUGACGAAAAUUGGAAGAAAUCGAACGAUCUGCCUGGUAUCGAUAAUCUGGCGUUCACUAGGGAGCUGGAGAAUAAUAUGGAGGUGAUCAAUAAUGCGAAAAACCUCGACAAGAUCGAAAAGGUGGAGGAUAGUGGUCGGAAGAAGCUGGACGCUAGACGACUGAAGAAAACGGAUGAAAGUUCGGAUGAAAAAUCGAAAUCGAAUGAACGAUCGAAACAGAACGGAACGAGGAAUCCGAGCUUUGACAAGGAUGAAGAUCGGUGUAAUGAAUUAAGUAAUGAACAAAGUUCCUUUGGACAUCUCGUUGGAGUCUCUAUUGUUGUCACGUCGACAAGAAUCUUUCGAGGUCGUGCAAAAUGUUGA